CUUUCCGGGAAGAUUGCAGGGUGUUGAGAAUGGCAGAACGUGGGGAUAAGGAAGCUUUUGUCACCUUGGCAACAAAUGACACAUAUGCUUUAGGAUGUCUUGUCCUGGGAAAUUCACUUCGACAGAGGGCAAAGACUACUUGCAAGCUAGUUGUCAUGGUUACACAAGGAGUCUCACAGUCAAUGAGGAACCAGUUAUCCCGAGUUUUUGACAUGAUUUAUGAUGUAAAUCUGCUGGAUAGUAGAGACUCUGCGAACCUUCAGUUACUAGGCCGACCUGACCUUAGUGUGACCUUCACAAAGCUUCACUGCUGGCGACUUACAAUGUUUGAGAAGGCUGUAUUUUUAGAUGCAGACACACUGAUCUUGCAGAAUGUGGACGAACUUUUUGACAGAGAGGAACUGUCCGCUGCUCCGGACGCUGGCUGGCCUGACUGCUUUAAUUCCGGAGUUUUUGUCUUUCGUCCAUCAGAAGAAACUUACAAUUCACUCAUUAAGUUUGCCAUGUCCCAAGGAAGUUUUGAUGGUGGAGAUCAAGGACUGCUGAACAUGUACUUCAGAGAUUGGGCAACAAAAGAUAUAGCUAGACAUCUUCCAUUUAUCUACAAUGUUGUAUCUCAGGCAUUUUACAGCUAUCUUCCAGCUUUCACACAGUUCAAGGACUCUGUAAAAAUAGUUCAUUUUAUUGGUGCCACCAAGCCAUGGCACCACCCCUACAAUACUGCCACAAAGGAAGUCACACCCCUCCCAGAAACUGGACACAACAAAGACUACCUACAGAUAUGGUGGGAUAUCUUCAUGACCUUUGUUCAGCCCACUUUAGACCCAUCACUUACCUGUACCUUAAUGUCAAGUCAUGUAGAAGCCAAUCCAGUGCACGGCCUAGAACCACCCAAAGCCACAGUCCCCAUUAUAUAUCCAUAUAAACCUCCAGACAUUGAGGAUGUUUCUUACCAUUCCAAAGACUCUUCUCCACCCCCCGACAAUCCCUCUGAAGUAAAAGAAGUCCCAGUGAUAACCCGAAUUUACUCUAGUCUGGAAUCCCAUUAUGCCGAGGAACCUAUUUCUGUGUACAAUCAAGAAAAUAAGACAACUUCUAAAGUUCUGGAAGUUCCUCAAGUUGUGAAUACAUGGGCAGCAGUAAAUGAAAUAAAAAGGGAAAUAAAUAAUCCUACAGUAAUAUCUAAACCCGGUUGUGUUCAUGAACAAGGAAUUGAAAAUAGUGAUCUGAACGUUGAUGAAGUAAAGCCAGUAAUAGCAUCUGAAGAACCCAAUUCUUUAGAAAAAGAGAGCGACAAAGAUAGUGGUUAUAGUAACACUGCCGAGUCCACAGAGACGGGCGAGGGUGGCCUGAUUGGUGAACUUGCCUCUUUGUCGAUAGAUUCCGGAAGAACUUGUGGAGGGUCCCAGGCUCACCUUACUGAACAGGAGCGGAAGCUGAACUGGGAGCGGGGCCAGGUCGAUUACCUGGGGGCGGACAAGUUUGACAACAUUGAGAAGAAGCUGAACCAGUCCAUGGAAGGCCCUGCCGACAAUAGCAAAGCCUUCACUAGUCCAUUCAGCAAUAUCACCGUCACCAGCAAAGCUGUCAAGCCAAAAGAAUAGCGUGUAGCUUAGCUCUGUUCAAAUGGAAGUGCUUCAAAAGAAUUUAGAAUUUUAGAACUUUAAGUGAAGGCGCAUUUACAUCUAAUGUAUUUUGAGGAAUAUAGUAAGCAUUAACAUUGACAGUAUUACAACAUACAGUUAUAAUAAUUACAACAGUUACCGUACUUAAAAGAUAUAAAAGUGGGAAAAAGUAUUCCUCUUACCUUUCUUUUCAAAAGAAAAAUAGUCCACUCUCUUAAAUUUUCUUCCAGUACUUUUUUUUUUAAUCCCAAAAGCAAUAUAGUCAGAAAGCUCAGGUGUUGGAAGGGUGACAAAUUUCGAAAUAUACAUGUAGAUAUUAGAGUUCAAAGUGAAGAAGCUUUGACAUAUCCCGGAUAUUCAACAUAUCGGUGUUUGAGGUACUAAAAUUAAACUGUAUGUUGAAAUAUUAACAAAUAUAAUUCAUUUUAUAAUGAACAAACAAAUCUUAGAUAUUCCUGAAGGUUCUAUUUAAGCACGCUUUACUGUACAUCUACCUCCAUAUAUUUACAGAGUUGAUCAAUAGUACAGUAAAACUUGUCCUAUCUGAACUCAGUUCAAAAGAAAUUUGCUAGAUUAGACAUUUCUUUAACAACUGAGUUCAAAAGACAUUUGCUAGAUUAGACAUUUCUUUAACAACUGAGUUAACUGAAAGGGCCUUUAGUUUUCAUUAUUAUGGGCAGGUUUUCACAAUAGACAAUAUGUGGAUCAGACAAGUUUUGCUGUUUUCCUAGAAUGUUAUCUCUUUAAGAACAGUACUGGUUCUAUUCAGUAAUAUAUUUAAUAUAUGAACAUUACAGUUAGUACAUUGUAAUUGUAACUGACAUAUUUAUAUAUACUUAGUAGAUAAAUAAUUCUUAGGUUUCUGGGAUAAUGGAAAAAUGUGAGAAUAUUACACUCCUUAUUUAGACCAGGUGAUUCCUGCAUGGCCAUGUGAUCUCUAGAUGUUAGUGUGAUCAUGUGACCUCAUUGUUUUGUGGUCAUGUGACAUAUGAUGUGGGGUUCAUGUAGAUGUCCUCUGAUGGCUUUGUUAUUAGAUUUGUUAUUACUAGAGUUGUUAUUAUUUAACAAAUUAUUGAUGCAUUGUUAUUGAUUAUCCUAAUGGCUUUAAUGAAUAUCAGCAUGGUAUUUUCUGUUACAUGUAUUUUUGGGUGCUUGUUUGAAAUGUUAGGUGAAAGCAGUUCCUUUAUUGCUGAUAGAAAUGCAGCUCAUUUUGUCUUGUUUUUGAACUACAAAAAGGGAUUUUAAAUUUAUCAUUUUUUUCAUUAUAUUUUAAGUCCAGUAUCAGGUUUUAAACUGUAGUUUGUAUGAUAUUACAAGAAAUGCAUGCAAGGACUUAUUUAAUAAUGGUGGCAGUCAAGUUAACAAAUCAAUGGUAUUCAAUAACAUUUCAAAAUAAUAACAUUGCAAAAUUAUAAUAACAUGAAUGUAACAGUAUUCAUAACAAAAGGUUUAAAAUUUGUGAUCCUCAUAGUACAAACCUGUAUUUCUGAAGUAAACUACAAAAUGUCAGCCAUUUCAGUAUAAGAUGACAUUCCAUCCAGAAUUUGUGAUAAUUUUGUGCAAUAUACAAAGGGAAGUAACUGUGGCUGAGCCACUUUCUGCUUGGUAUGCUCAACUUGUAUAACUAAAGCAGACAAAAAGCAGAUAAGUAAACAAACUAAAACAGAUCUGGCAGCUUCAACUCCUCAUUUAGUGACUUUUUCCUGCUUCUGCUGCUGGUUGCUUGCUUUCUAUUUUCAGUAUUUUGUUUAAAUAUUCAGAUACAUGUAUUAACUCUUUAAGUAUGUCUUUUCUCUCUUCUUAAAAUAAAUCCACUAAAUAUUUUUAUAUUAAGUAAACAAGAGAAAUAAGAAAAUAUAAUUAAAAAAAGUAUGUAAGAUUAAUAACUUUUCGUAUUUAAUUAUAGAUGCCUCUCAACACUUAAUACUGGUAAAUCAUUUUAUUGUGAUUUUUUGGUUGAUUGCAUUGUUAUCAAGUAUUCUAACUUCACAUAUCUAAUAUAAAAGGUUUGUCCCAUUUCAUCAUGCACUGAAACUAUUCUUUCAUUUAGAAACAAGAAAAUGAAAGUAUAGUGUGAUAAAAGAAAAAGAAUAAAUAUUUUAAACAAUUAUAAUCCAUAAAUUCCCCCUCAUCCUAAAAUAUUGAAAUAAACGAUGCUUUUGGUUGUAUCUAUAAUCUAUAUGAGGUUAAUAAGUGUUGGACUCGGUGUCUUGGUUAAGGCUGUUUUCUAUGCAAAGUAGGGCUGGUUGAUUAUAUUUUAUAAAGUGCUUCAGUUGUCUUCCUUUCAUUUAAUAAUUUCACCAUGGAAUAAAGUAUCAGCAUGUAAUUUUGUGAGACUUUGGUGUAGGAAAAUUGGUGUUUUUUUUAACUAGUCAAAUUCCACCUCAAAAAUGGUGGCAUUAUGAUAUUAAGUGUUCAGCACAGAAUAUGCUAUCUGAUGUGUCUCACUCUACCUAGAAUUUACAAGUCUAGCUCUGUACUCCUCAGUAAACAGUUUGCUUUGAGUGAUAUUAUUUGUUAAUUAUUAUUUCCUGUACAAUAUUUUCUUUUACAUAAGCUUAUUAUUGCUACACACACCUACGCUUUGUGUUUAUAUGAAGAAACUUAUUUGGAUCUUUACAUGUGCUCUGUAACAAUACAAAGUUCCAAGUAACAAUACAAAGUUCCGAUAUGUUGAUCUUAGGUCACUUCAUUGUAAAAUGUAUCAAUUGCCGCAUUUUGCCUCUUUAUGUAUAAUGGUAGUUUGGUUGAGUGAUAUUGUUAAAAUCUUUCACGUUUUCAUAGAUUUGCAGGAUUUAGAUAUAUUUUUAUUUAGUGAUUGAUGAAGUUAAGUAUGAUGCAGUAAAGACAUUUUUCUUCAAGUUUGUGAAAUAAUUUCACAGUCUUUGCCAGAAUUGAGAAUUGUGUGUAAUAUUUAUACACUGCAAUAUUGAAAGUGGCUUUGAAAAACUAGUAUUACUAGUAUUUAUUGAUGUGUAAAUUCUUGAGCUAUUUUCUUCUAUCUUUCACUUGAAUUCUGAUGACUAGUUACAUACUUUUUCUGCAGUUUACACACACAGCAUCUGCAUAAACAAACAAACAGUUUUAUUGUAAUAUCGGUAAUUACAUGUUGUAGACAGUGCAAGAAACAAACUAGUACAUGGACAGGUGCAUAGUAAUAAGAUUUAAAUAAGUAUGUGUCUUAGGCAGUACCAGAGACAAAGUGAACACAUCUUCUGAUACAGGUUUAAUAAGACUUCUUUUAUUAAAGGUAAAUGUUCCCUUUCUGCCUUUGGAGCUUACAUUUGUUCUUACUUUCGCUUUAAGAAGUUAAUCUUGAGUUUAUGGAGAUUGCUUUAUCUUAAACAGUUUUGGUUCCCUACCCUAUACAUAGCUACUGUUUGAGGAUUUAAUUACAUGCAUCAAUUUAAUCACCAUUAUAUUUAGCUGUUGCAAGAAUAUAGCUAUUUAUCCUAAUAUUAUACACUAUGAUAAUGUAGAUUUCCUGAUGUAUAAUCCUAUUUACCGUGUUUAAUUAUUUUGUGGAAUGGCUUUGAUAAAAGCACUCUGGAUUACUUUGUUUACAAAACACAAGGAAAUGUAUUUUUUGUUUAAUUCCUUCAAGUCCAUAUUCCUUAGAUUAGUUAAUUUUGAUGUGCCAUUUCAAAUGUUUUAUGUAACAAAACUAUUGUAAGCUUUUUGGUGCUAAGGAUAUUACUACAAAGAUAACUAUGAAUCAUGCAAGUUGAUUGGGUCAUCUUUAAAAAAUCAUUUAUUUGCCCUCUCUUGACUGACUGACUAAAAAUGACCAAAGUCCAAAAACUUCUUAAACCACCAGAAAACAACUAUUUUUAUAAAUUCUGAUGUUUUCUUGCUGUUGAUAACUGUUUUAUCAUAAAUUUGCAAGUGUUUGUUAAUAAAAAAAAAAAAGUUGCCCCUACCUACAUGGCCUACCUUCCCAAUUUUUUUUAAUCCUGAGUUGGGAGAGGGUAAGCAACCAUCUUUUUAAAGAUGACCUUAUGUACUUGUAUUAUUUUUAGACGCAUAAUACAUACUGAUUUUAGUAUGCUGCUUUAACAUUUUUUUCCCUCAAUAUUGGACAGAAAGUUAAACUAUGUCUUGAAAUCCAAGAUAUUUUACAAUCAUUAUGUUUGUUUGUUCAAUAAUUACUCUGAAAAAUCUAUAUUUACAUGUAUUCAAAACAGUUGUUACCAAGGGAAUGUUUUGUUGAACUACUAAAAAAAAAAUGAUAAUAAAGAAUCCACAUGCUGAAAGCUU